GAUAUAAAUUUCAACAGAAACAUAACAGAAUAUGUUGACGGUUUUGGCGAUGUUUAUGGCGAUCACUGGCUAGGACUGAGAAAAAUCAAGGAAAUUUUAGGCAACCACGCAAGACACAAAUUAUCAGUUAUUCUUAUGAAUAACGAUUACUGCGAAAACUAUUACGAUGAUUUUUCUAUCGGUUCGGCAGCUAAUUGGUAUCCAAUAAAUUUUGGACAGUACAUGUUAGUGUCAAACAAAUGUGGAGAUUCAUUAACUGGCAGUGUCAGCAUCGAAGGAUCGUCCUUUUCGGCUCGUGGUAAGGACCUGACCGCACACCAAUGUUCUACUGUACAUCAAGGUGGUUGGUGGUAU